AUGAACGCGUCCAUCAUACUCAGAUCCGCCUUCCGCGACAUACCGCAAAGGCUGACGCGAACGCGAAAAGUGCAUUUAUGCGCGUCAAGACUAAAUCAGAGUCCAAGUCCCUUGACGGAAUUUACGGAUGAUGAGAUUAUGAUGAAAGAAACCGUCGCCAAACUGGCUAAGGAGGAGAUCGCGCCACUCGUACGAAAGAUGGAAAAGGAGAACAAGAUAGAUGACGGCGUUUUGAAAACGCUUUUCGAGAAUGGCCUGAUGGGCCUCGAAGUCCCAACGGAAUACGGCGGCGCUGGUUGCAAUUUUAUGAGCACGAUUUUAACCGUCGAGGAAGUCGCGAAAGUCGACGGAGCCGUAGCCGCUCUCGUUGACAUCCAUAACACUUUAGUAAAUUCAUUGAUCAUCAAAGUUGCCUCUGAAGAACAGAAACAGAAAUAUCUGCCUAAAUUAGCACAAAAUUAUGCCGGUAGUUUUUGUCUCACAGAAUCUGGUUCUGGAUCCGACGCGUUUUCUCUUAAGACCGAAGCGAAAAAGGAUGGCGGUGACUAUGUGAUAAACGGAACGAAGAUGUUUAUAUCGAAUUCCGAUAUCGCGGGCGUUUUCUUGGUUUUCGCCAACGCAAAUCCUUCCGCGGGGUACCGUGGCAUCACGACUUUCUUCGUGGAGCGCGAUAUGCCCGGUUUGACAGUAGCUAAACCUGAAGAGAAACUAGGCAUCAAGGCAUCCGGAACUUGCAUGAUCCACUUUGACAACGUCAGGGUACCUGAAAGCAACAUCUUGGGUGAAUUUGGGCAUGGAUAUAAAUAUGCUGCUGCACAUUUGAACGAAGGUAGAAUUGGCAUUGGAGCUCAAAUGAUCGGUAUAGCUCAGGGAUGCUUGGACGCGACUAUACCGUACACGUUGGAAAGGAAGCAAUUUGGAAAGGACCUCUUCUCAUUCCAAUCGAUGCAACAUCAAAUAGCUCAAACAGUAACAGAGUUAGAAUGCGCCAGAUUGCUGGUUUACAAUGCGGCUAGGUUGGUAGACGCUGGAAAAGAUGUUAUGAAGCAAGCUGCUAUGGCCAAAUUAAUUGCGUCCGAAACUGCGCUACGUGUCACAGCAAAGUGUAUAGACUUCAUGGGAGGCGUCGGAUUUAUGACAGACUUUCCUCAAGAGAAAUAUUUCAGAGAUUCGAAAAUCGGCACUAUUUACGAAGGUACGAGCAACAUGCAGUUGUCAACGAUCGCAAAGUGUAUACGUAAAGAAUAUUCUUAAAUUGUUAUAAAUUUUAAAAUUGUGACGUAUGUUUAGCUUAUUGCAGCAUAAGAUCAUUUUUUUAAAGAUAAAACGGAUGUACUAUUUUCCCCAUUUUAAGAAUAUAUUUUUGUACUUUUAUAA